AUGACUACUUCUAAACAAAUCCGCCAUUUAGUUUCUAUCAAGGACUUGACUGAUGAGGAAUUUAAUAUUUUAGUUUCCAAGGCCGAAUAUUACAAAAAAUUAUUUAAAUCGGGUGAUCCAAAAGUCUUUGAGGAAAACAACAAAAAGUUAUUGGGAAGAACUGCUGCGUUAAUUUUCUCUAAAAGAUCCACUAGAACCAGAAUUUCAUCCGAAGGGGCUGCCGCUUUUUUUGGUGCCCAACCAAUGUUUUUAGGCAGAGAUGACAUUCAAUUGGGCGUGAACGAAAGUUUUUUCGAUACCAUUAAUGUUGUGUCUUCAAUGGUUUCUUGUAUUUUUGCUCGUGUAAACAAACACUCCGAAAUUCAAGAAUUGUGCAAAUAUUCAAAAGUUCCAAUCAUCAAUUCCCUAUGUGAUAAAUACCACCCUUUACAAGCUAUUUGUGACAUGUUAACAAUUAAGGAACACCUGGAUUAUACUAAAAAUAAGCUAAAGAUGGCUUGGAUUGGUGACUCUAACAAUGUCAUCAAUGAUAUGUGUAUUGCAGCCUUGAAAUGUGGCAUUGAUGUUGCUAUUGCUACCCCAUUAAAUAUUGAAAUGGACCUUGAUAUAGUGGAAGCUGCUAAGGAAGUUGCCAAAAGAAAUAAUUGUGAAGUACUAAUAACCCAUGAUUCUGAACUAGCCUCUAAAGAUGCUGAUAUUUUGGUUACCGAUACCUUCAUUUCCAUGGGGGAAGAGUAUCAAAAAGAAGCCAAGUUAAAACAAUUUCAAGAUUUCCAAAUAAAUAAAAAAUUAGCUGACUUAGCUAAACCAAAUUAUAAAUUUAUGCAUUGCUUACCAAGACACCAUGAAGAAGUUACUGAUGAGAUAUUUUAUGAUAAAGAUCAUUCCAUAGUGUUUGCCGAAGCUGAAAAUAGACUAUACGCAGCCAUAGCAACAAUAGCUGUUUUUGUUAAUAACAAGGGUGAUUUCAGUCUAUAA